CAGAAUCGCCACGCCACCACGUCUGGCCCUGCGCCUCCCGCCCGUAAGCGCACGGCCUGUGAAUGUGACAGUUGUUGCGUACGGAAUCGAGCAAACGCGGCAGAGCAACAAAAACGCCUACUUGUUUGCGUUUCGGAGUGUCGUCGCCGUCGUCUGUCAUCUAAAUUUAAAUCGCGCAAAGUACAUUUUUAAUCCGCACCCGCCCGAAUUGAAGAUUUUAUUCGCACCAGCGUCCAUCCGAGACCGUUAACGAGAAAGACCAGAAGACGUCAAGCAGACGAGAUUAGCCGUGCUCAAGACGAUUCUAGCGUUCCAGACGUGUAAACGGCCAUCUUAGCAGGUCAAAAUGGCGGACGCAGGAUUCCCUACACAACACACAACAACCACAACUGCCACGACAACAGCAGAAAUACGAUAUGAUGUGUCAUACAUUAGAACACUUCCUGGUCUAACGAAAUGCAUCUGCAUUGUUCUUAAUCUUCUUGGUUUCAUAUGUAUCCAAGUUAGUUCAUUCAGUUAUCAUUCUCGCGGAAGUUACUUCAGUUCAAUUGCCAUGACUGGAUUUUGGCUCACAGGCAUUUUGCUGUUCUUCUACAUCUUUCAUGUCUGUCAGAGGUUCUACAAAAUACCAUGGCUGAAAAUUGAAAUGAUAUAUUGCGCGCUUUGGACCAUUUUGUACCUGAUUGCAGCCUCGCUUGCAGCAGCAUUUGGAACAGAAGCCUAUUCAGCAGCAGCGUUCUUCGGUUAUUGUGCAAUGGUUGCGUAUGGAUACGAUGCGUUCCAAAAGUUCAAAGCUGUUAGGGAGGGAAUCGUCGUUCAAGAAACGCGUACCACACAACAAACAACAGUAACUAUUGCAUAAGUCAGCGAAUUUGAAAAACUAGAAAACACCGAACGAUAAUUAUCAGUAGCAAUUCCCCGGUGAUCGCUGAAUACCAUACAAUGCCUUGCUGCUAAAUAGUUACUCAUACACAGCGAUUCGCAUUUUGAUAUUUAUUUUUCUUCAAUUCGAAAAUGAAAGACGACACGCUGAAGUUGUUCAGCUAUCGUAAACGUGUUCAAGCUUGAAGCUAUAAUUUUAUUCCUUAUUUUUUUUUUUUCCUUUUUUAUUUAGUGAUAGUUACCACUAUUUCGCAUCGCUAAUCACUGUACAAAGUUUUAAACAAAAACUGAAUUUUAAAUUAAGUUUUUUUUUAUCUGGAAUUACUGGAGAGAGGGUUCAUCUUUUCAAUCCCAGUGAUUGCAACAUGGAAAAUGACCCUUUCUCAAUGCACUCCAAAGAAUUGAAAGGAAACGCUACUAGACUUUGCGACUCUCAGAUUGAUCUUCUAACUAUUGUUAAUCGCUUAAACAAAUUGUUUACAAUGCAAAAUACUCUAGUUAAUGUGUUACGCAUACAAACAAACAAAUCAUUUUAUCCUAUUCAAAGAAUAAGAAUGUAAAAGUCAUAUCAAUAUUGCAAGUUUAUUAUACAACUUAAUAUACACUCCGUUAUUUUUUAUAUUAACACACAAAUAAUAAACACAAAGAAAUGGAACAAUUGAAAAAUAUACGCAUUUACUGUUAUAUUUAAUACAGAUUUCUAUUUAUCGAGUACACAUAUAUGUACACAUGCGCUUUUGUCCGCAACAAAAAAGUUUUGAUAUGUAAAAUUUUGUUAAAAUUGUUGUUUACAUAAACUAUAUAAACUGGAAAAUGAAUUGUUAAGACAGAAAAGUGCUCGAAUUUUUUGAUGUACAUUUUCAAAUAUAAACAACUAUACAGAAAGAAUAUAAUGGUAUUGCGCCCGAAAUAAAAAUUCUACUUAAAAAAUUAA